AUGGGAAAUUUAGUCAAUCGAAUAUUCCGCCGCUAUGUGCCGCCUGACACAAAUACGUCUGCAGUGUCUCUAAUCCAGGAAAAUUUAGAGAAAGAGAAGCUAUAUCGCCAACAACGCAACUUUGCACGUUUGAGACUUCGUUUAUUACGAUGGUUAGUUUGGAUGGAUUUUGCCGGAACUACAACUCUUCACGGACCAGCUCACAUUUCCACCACUCGUGGACUGACUCGAAUGUUUUAUUGCAUUGUCGUGAUGAUCUGUGCUUCUUUAUUUUUCUUUCAUUGCUAUACUCUCCUCCUAUUUUAUUUUCAAUAUCCUAUCCUCACUGCUAUUAAAUAUGAGAAUAUGGACUUCCGGUAUCCCGAUAUCACUCUAUGUCCACAUAGUCCUUUCACAGUUAGUCAACUCUAUGAACACAAUGAGACAGCGGAGAUGAUGGAGAAGAUUUAUACAAUGGCAAAAGAGAAAUGGUGGAAGAACCUAGAUUUACUCAAUCUCUCACCGAAUGCAAAUAUAAAGAAAAGCAUGCUUGGAGGGUUUUAUAGAAAUUCGCUGACACUUGGCAAGAGAGUAUUCGAUCAUGUUUUAUUCUGUGAACUCAAUGGUGUGGAUUGUCUAGACCAGUUUAUACUAACCGAGCACCCAGUUUACUACCGCUGUUUUACACUCCGCCUCAAAAGCAAUCCCCCAUUUCCAGCCGGACCAACCCACGGAGUACAGAUCGUGCUACAUCGAGGUCUAGCGUACUCACAAUCACUUCUCGUAGUUGAUGAAAGCGAGCCCUUUCUGGUACAAUCCAAUGUUCCCGCUGACAACUUAACAGGUCUUGAGACAAAUAACUCAACUCCACAUCCCAAGGAUGGAUUUUAUAUUGCUUUCCAUGAACCACGAACCAUUCCUAAUUACCCACUUCAGAAUCUCCCAAAUGGCCUGACAUUGAGGUUUGGACAGUUUACACGCAUCGGGUUGACCUCAUUGGAUAUGCAAUCAAUUAAUAUAAAGCAACGUCCCUGUGUUCCUUCCUCAAAGACGCCCAAAAUUCAGCUCACUAGAAAUGAUCGAAUGUCAGAAAGCAACUUCAGGUCUGAUAAACCAAUGGCAGAAGAAACUUUAUCGGAGUUUGAGUACACAAAGCAGUCUUGCUUGGCCAAUUUUCGACAAAUCUUAACAAAGAGACGCUGCGACUGUUUCAGUGAAUCCUACUCAAUUCCCUACAGUGAGAGGCACGUCGGUUUGAAGUACUGCCUCAGUGUGGACCAGACGACUAGUAAUAUCAUCAAAAUGCCCGAGAUCAUGGCCUGUGUGGAAAAGAUUGAAAAUAUGACUGACGCAGAGAUUGUGGCCGAGGUUGAGCCGUCAAUGCCUGGCGAUGGUCUUAGCCUCUGUCCUCUUCGUUGUGAUUACCGUGAAUUUCAUGUCGACCUGCACUACUCUUCCAACUUAAAACAGGACUUCGAUGCGGAAAAUUUCAUUACUUACUUCCAACGAAAGAAAAUGGUUGGCGAGAAUAGUACUUUAAAUUCGCGUAUUCAUUUGAAUGGUUCAAAAAUCAACUCAUCGGAUCUUAUUUUUCUCGAUAUAAGUCCUAUUUCCGAGAGCGUAAAUCAGAUUAUUGAAGAUCGUGCUUACUCUUUAAUUCAACUGCUCAGCGAAUUGGGGGGCGUAUCUGGUCUAUAUGUCGGAAUAACCAUCUACACAAUCGCCGAAGUCAUUGAUUAUGCUGUGCGCUUUCUCAUGAUUUACAUUCCUUACCUGUGGUACCAAUUCCGUUACAAAAGACAAAAGAAAAUGAAUAGAAGUUUCCAGAGAUUAAUGGAAAAUAUUCGACAGGGAGAAGAAUGA